AUGCAACAAAGAGUGGCCAUCGUCACCGGCGGCGCGGAUGGCUUCGGCGCCGCCAUCGCAGAUCGAUUCAGCAACGAGGGCUGUCGCGUAAUAAUGCUUGACUUGAAUAAGCAGAAAGGGGAAGAAAAAGCUGCCAGUGACCCGAAUUUGCACUUUCUACUUGGAGACGUGAUUCGACAAGAAACCUGGGACCAGGCGCUGGCCGUUGCCAGAGAGAGGUUUGGCCGCCUGGAUGUCGUGGUCAACAAUGCAGGGAUUACUGGAAGCCAGAGUCUUGUCCACACGAAGGACAUGCUGGAGUACGAGCGGACAUUCGACGUCAAUGUCAGACCUAUAUUCUGCAGCGCGCAAGCUAUCGUGCCGUUUAUGAUGGAACAGGGGCAUGGUGUCUUUGUGAACAUUACAAGGUAG